ACGAAAACAAUGGGACAUUUACACAGUUCUCGAUUCCCCGUUCUUCCUCCAUGCAAGAGUUUAACGCAAGUGCAGAAUGGCUUCAUCCGUGUUAAAGAAAGAAUCAAGUAUCAGCUUGCAGUACAGUUGUAAGGAGUGGGAACUAACACUUGAGGCCAGAUAUGGCAUUGAUGGGGAAGAAAGAAUGGAGGUUGAUAAUGAACCUGCUGACCAACUUCCACAUAAAUUACAUCUGAAAGUGAGGGGGACACAGGGAUGGGAAUUGUCCUAUGUUUAUCCAGGGAUCCAAGAUGAUGUUAGACAGAUGCGUGGUGUCCUACGAAUGUUUAUGAACUCACCUCAGGUUAUCAUGAAAACUGUCAGGUGUAUCAUUUGUUACCUUUUGGAAAAGGAUACCCAUGGUAUUCAUUUGGUUCCUGAAAAUGAACAACUUUUAAUAACAAAAGUGGAUGAACAUGAAGGGACAUCAACCUUCAGCUACAGAAGUGACCCUGAAAGUGACUUAAUCUUUCCUUUUGAACAUAAACAGAAGUUUUGGCUGACAAGUGUCCUGUGGCUGCUGUCAGAAUUGGCUAUAGAACAGUUUGCAAGGCUAAAGUCCCAAGAAACCCAAACAAGACUUAUCUGUUUUUGAAAGAAAACAUUAAAUUUAGCCAUCUUAUAAGCAUAAUUAAAUGCGAAAAGAUUUCCCAUACUUUUAUGUCAUUCUUUUAGUUGAAAACUAGGUGACAUAGAAUGUGUAAAGGGGUUAGUUUUAAGUGUCAGUGCCAGGUAUCACAAAAUGAUCAGUUUUAUCAACAAAGUUGAUGAUGUAAAUUGGCCAUUGUAGACCCAUUAUCAACUCAGUUAUUAUAAGGAUGUUGGAAAAUCCCAAGAAACCCAAGCAAGGCUAAUUUGUUUUUUUAAAAGAAAACACUAAAUUUAGUUAUCUUAUAAGAAAUAGUUAAAUGCAAAAAGAUUGCCCAUACUUUUGUCAUUCUUCUAGUUGAAAACUAGGCAACAUAGAAUGUGUGAAGGGAUAAGUUUUUAGUGUCAGAGCCAGGUAUCACAAAAUGAUCAGUUUUAUCAACAAAGUUGAUGAUGUAAAUUGGCCACAGUAGACCCAUUAUCAACUCAGUUAUAAUGAGGAUGUUGUAGAUAUCCUUUUUAUGCUGAAUAAAUUUAAACACUGCUGUUGUAUAUUUGUGUGAAUCUAUUUGAAUCCUCUUAUGCAAGAGAAUAAAAAAGCCAAAGAUUUGACUGCACUUGACCCUUUCCUUCCCCACCCUGAGCAUUCAUAUUUUCCAUCCUGUUCUCCUUACAUUUCCUAUGAUAGUGACAAGAACUGUUUUUGAGAAUAAGGAGCUUCUUAAAUUGGUGAUCAUUUCCUUUAUUCUCAUAAACUUUACAUUUGACUCAAGGGUGACACUGUAAGGAGAAAUUAGAUGCCAGACACUUGAAGGUCUACAGGUUAACCUGCCCACUGUUUACCAGAGGAGUAGUUUAUUAUGGGAGUGACUUGGUUUGUAGUGGGCAAACUAUCAUGAGUAACUUGCUGUGUAUAAGUUGGGGUAUGCAAAAGGUUGUGAUGUUAAAAAAAUAAAAAGCACUUUGGAAAGAA